AUGAUUCUGAAAAACAAUGCUGACGAGCUGAACCUGUCUUUUAAUGUUAAAGUCGAGGAUUUUAGCUACACUGUUUAUGCAACGUCUGAAAGCAUAAUUAAAUGCUUUGGCUGUGGCAAAAUUGGCCAUCUUAUACGUGCGUGUCCUGAUAAAGCGGAUGAAAAUGCGACUGUACAGACAAACUCUCAGAGUAAUGUUGCUGAAGCUGUGUCUGUCACAGAGGAUGUUGUGGCUCCUGCUGCUGUCGAGUCAGGUGCUGGUUGGUCGGUUGGGAAUAAACCCACUAUGGCUGAGGUUACUGCGGGUGGUUUCUCUGUACCUGGUCUCAUGGUUUAUGAGACGGUGGCUAUUGCAGAUAAAGAAGCGAGCAGCAUGGAAGAGCGUUCUGCCGUAAACAGCUCACAGACAGAGACUCCACCAGCAGACCCAGCAGAGUCCACACCUCUGCUCAGCUGUAAUGUGGCUAUUGCAGAUAAAGAAGCAAGCAGCAUGGGAGAGCGUUCUGCCGUAAACAGCUCACAGACAGAGACUCCACCAGCAGACCCAGCAGAGUCCACACCUCUGCUCAGCUCUGAGUCUGACACUCUUUUACUUCCUCCUGCAUCUGCCUCCUUGGCUUCUCUUGUUUCGUUCACCACCUCCUUGACAUCUCCUAUGUCUUUAUCCAUUGCUCCUCCAGUCUCCCCCCUAACUCUUCCUGUUUUCAUCUCCUCUCAGUCUAGUCCUUUAUCUUCUUCUCUGGCUUCUCCUCUGCCACCCGCCUCUACCCUUUCUACCUGUUCUAAACUGUCCACUGAGCUAGGCAGUCCAGGCCCAGUAUCUUCCUCACGAAAAAAAAGACAAAUAAAGAGGAAAGCAGAUCAUAAAGAAUGCCCCAUGCAUAAAGAAUCAACCAGUUUCCCCUACAAAAAAAUUUUGAGGAAAAGAAUCAGGGAGGGUCAUGCGGAGGUGUUGGUGCAGUGGCAUUCUUGCUCUGGAUGGUAUGGAUAUUAUUUGAAGUUUACUGUAUUGUAG